AUGGAUCCCCAACCCACCAGCAAGCUAUUUACCCCCGAAAUACUGUCUGAAGACCCUAUUCUCGGUGGAGCUCGACCCAACCACGAUGGAACGCAGGUUCUCUAUUCAGAGCGGAAAGCCAAUUGUGGUGGUAGAAUAAUGACCAAAUGCUGGAAAAUUAUGGAUGUCGCAACUGGAGAAUGGCAAACGCUCAUCACAGAUCAGGAGGUAUUUGAAGCAAUUUGGUUGGCAGACGAGCCUGACACGAUAAUUACCCUGAGCUUUGACGAGUAUGCCCCGUAUCAGACCCAGGUCGCAACGUACGAUCUCAAAGGGCUGCAAGUCAAAAGGCAAGUCGCUUGUCUAUUAUCGAAAGUAUCUGACCUUAGAGUGGAGCGUCUCAAAAACGGCAGCAUUGCGUUCGCAGUAAUUGGUAAAGUAGGGAUAAACGGCGAGCUGCGUUGGGAGAGAAAUUAUACGCGGCCAGACCAUCACGGGUUGGUAUAUGACACUGAUGAAGUGCGAACAGAUGACGAAUAUAUGGAUAAUAUAAAAGAAUCAAUAUUCUUCUCGAUCUUGACGAAGUCUGAGGAGGGAUGGGCGUUAGCCGGGCCCCUACAUAAUGCGCUUGCCAAUACAGACCUCAAGCCACAUAAAUCUUACAACAUAUCCCAGGACGGAAUCGUAUUUAUAGCCGAAGAUUAUAGCGUAAAACAUGUGCCAUCGCGGAUCAGGCACGCCUACCUCCUUCGACUGGAUUCCUUCAGCAGUGCUAGUACUCACGGACCUAGGAAAAUAGAAAUACCGGAUGAGAGCCCGGAUGAAAGCGAUGAUCAUAGUUCAAGCCCCCAUUUCAGCCCCGAUGGCUCUCAGGUCAUGUUCUUGAGAGGGGAUAACAUCCACAUCUACCAGAUUGGCGAAAGCAAAUCCGUUAAGGUGCUUGAUACUUUAGCGGAUGGGAAAUGGCCGUUAAUUGCGACGGAGAUCCAGUUUGCUCCUAGUGGCAAGGCCAUAUAUGUCAGUGCUGAAGACCAUGGAAGAACCAAUCUAUACGAGAUCGACCUGCAGUCAAAAACAAAGCCCAGGAUGCUUUUCCGUGGCGGUACCGUGACUGCAUUCUACCCCCUUGGUAAAAGCGACGGGCAGAUCCUUGUAACCAGCUCAAGUCUAGUAGACGGUUCGCUCUACAGUAUCAUCUAUACCGACGAAACCCAAGACCCUAGACUGCUUUUAUCGCUUACGAACCACGGCGCUCGACUUGGUAUUUCCUCAAGUCAAAUCUCGGAGAUACACUUUAAAGGUGCUGGUGAUUACCAAGUCCAUGCGUGGAUGGUAAAGCCUAGCUACUUUGACGAAAGCCGAAAAUAUCCCUUGGUUCUUCUUGUACAUGGAGGACCUAAGGGCUCCUGGGGAGACGAAUGGUCCGCUACCAUUAAUUUGGCACUUUUUGCUGAGCAAGGCUACAUUGUUGUAGCUCCGAAUAUUACUGGCAGCACAGGCUUUGGCCGGGAAUUCGAAAGAGCGAUACAAGACAACUGGGGCGGUCGUCCAUAUGAUGAUCUAGUCAAAUGCAUGGAUUACCUAGAGCAGAACCCUAAUAUCGAUAUUGAUAAAGCCGUCAUGAUAGGCUUCAGUUAUGGAGGAUACAUGUGUAACUGGGCCCAGGGUCACCCACUUGGCCGACGUUUCAAGGCCAUGGUCUCUUGGGGCGGCGUUUUCCACUUGCCAACCUACUUUAUGGAGCGGGAUAUAUGCCCAAGCUUGAAAAAGACCUAUCGCUUCAGCGGUUCGGAAAUCCUAUGGAAGAACCCCGAAGGUUUAGAGCGGUUUAACCCAGCACGUCCAGAUCUCCUCCCUAGCUGGAAGACACCUAUGCUUGUUGUCCACGGUAGCGAUGAUUUUCGGAGCCCAGUUACUGGGGCUAUAGCUGCAUUCCGUACGCUACAGCUACUAGGAACACCAUCCAGACUCCUUAUAUUCCUUGACACAGGCCACUAUAAAUAUCAAUUCAAGGACAUCCGCAAAUACCACCAAGAGGACAGAACCGAAUUGAUCACCCCCUGGCAGACGUUCCGCGAACGUGUGAAAUCCUGGUGUCGCAAAGUAUUCUCUCGGCCCAAGGCACGAGAAGAGGAGAAGUCAGCUAGUCCAAUCUCUUCGCCCGAAGCUUGCGAGCCCGGAAUCUUCAACGACGAUGGACCACCGAAGCUUGAUGUCUUGAGAGGCCCUACCCUCAGCGAUAGCCUGUCCGAUACCGGCUUCAUCCUGUACAGCGAACCCGCCAAGAAGAAGAAAAGCAAGCAAGCAUCCGCUGACAAGUUCCGCUAUUCAUUCCGAAGCGAGGGUAGCCGCCCUGUAUCGAUGAUCAUCGAGGAAGGAUCCAAGUAA